CAACUAAAGAAAAUCACUUCUCUUUAAAUUCUUCCACCUAUCACUUUUUAUAUAUCUCCCUCUCUUUUAAAAUGAAGACUAUUAACUUAAACACUAUUACAUUGAUCAUCACCAUUGCAUUUUUGGUCUUGUUUUCAAGUUUUGAAAAUUGUAGUGCCUUAAGAGGCAACCGUUGGAGGAAACUCAAAGCUUCCUCUACUACUUUUAAUGUAUUAGAUUUUGGAGCUAAAGGCGAUGGACAUGCGGAUGAUACAAAGGCUUUUGAAGAUGCAUGGGCAGCUGCUUGUAAGAUUGAGGCCUCAACAAUGGUUGUUCCAUCUGGUUCUGUUUUUCUAGUAAAACCAAUUUCAUUCUCAGGUCCUAAUUGUCAGCCAAACAUUGUUUUUCAGCUAGAUGGAAAAAUCAUUGCUCCUACAAGUUCUUCAUCUUGGGGGUCAGGUACCUUGCAAUGGCUUGAGUUCACUAAGCUAAAUAAGAUUACAAUUAAAGGAAAAGGUGUCAUUGAUGGUCAAGGCUCUAUUUGGUGGAAUGGCAAUGGGGGACUGCCAAAAACCAAACCCACGGCACUAAGGUUCUAUGGAAGUAAUGGUGUAACAGUGACCGGUAUAACCAUUCAAAAUAGUCAACAAACCCAUCUCAAGUUUGAUUCAUGCACAAAUGUUCAAGUCUUUGAUAUAACUGUUUCAUCACCGGGUGAUAGUCCUAACACCGAUGGAAUUCACCUACAAAAUUCCCAAGAUGUUGUUAUCUACAGUAGCACACUUGCUUGUGGAGAUGAUUGUGUGUCUAUACAAACCGGUUGUUCCAAUAUAUUGGUGCACAAUGUGAAUUGUGGACCUGGUCAUGGAAUUAGCAUUGGAAGUCUUGGAAAAGAGAACACUAGAGCUUGUGUUUCAAAUGUCACUGUCCGUGAUACUACACUACACAAUACCUUGACUGGUGUGAGAAUCAAAACAUGGCAGGGAGGCUCUGGCUCAGUCCAAAACAUAAUGUUCUCAAACAUUCAAGUUUCAGAAGUUGAAACUCCAAUAACAAUUGAUCAAUACUAUUGUGAUGGUGGAAGAUGCCAUAAUGAAACAUCAGCAGUAGCAGUAUCAAGCAUACAUUAUACAAAUGUAAAAGGAACAUACACUAAAAAGCCUAUGUAUUUUGCAUGUAGUGAUAGUUUACCAUGUAAUGGUAUAACACUUGAUACAAUAAAGCUAGAAGCAAGUCAAAGAUCUAAUGUUCCUUUUUGUUGGAAAGCAUUUGGUGAGUUGAAAACUGAAAUUGUUCCUCCUGUUGAUUGUCUUCAAAGAGGGAAACAAUCAAGUGGUGGAAUAAUUUCUAGCAAAGAAAGUUCUUGCUAAAUUUAAGUAUGACCGACACUUCGGAUUAAAAGUGUGUCUGGUGUUUAACAUGUGUCGGUGUUUGGCACAAACAUAUAUUAUUAGUGUCGACGUGUCGAUGUUAAUUUCAGGUUUGAUGUAUUUGUGCUUCGUAGAUUAUACUCUUAAAAAAUUAGUGUGUUUAGCUAGGGAAAUUAAAGUUAUACAAAUAUAGGAAGUUGUUUGUUUGAUUUCUAAAUUAGUUUGUGUAUAAUGGAAUGUUGAGUGAGAUAGUUAAGUGUGUACCAAAUUAAAAGUUUUAUUCUAUUAUUA